AUGCCUCAGCGAGUGCCUUUCACUAAAAGAACGAUUUUAGCGUUUAUUUUCCUCGGAAUUAUCUGGGGAACUUUUCCUUUGGUGAUACACUGUGCAAUUCGUUUCAUCUGUGGCAGAGAUUCACCAGCACUUAUUUUUGUCUUUCGUACUCCAGGAGCCGUUGUUCUCUAUGUUGGCUCGUUUGUAUUCCUCUCGCUUGGAAGCACCAAUAACAGGGAGUUACUCCUUAACAACUUCAAAAUCGCGAGGAAUUAUUGGAUGUUUGCUGUAAUGGGUUUGAUCCAGUUAGCUCUACCUUACAUUCUAUUUACGUACGGAUUGAAAGUCUUGAGCCUAACAACUGGUAGUGUCUUCAUUACAUCAGUUCCGCUGUUCUCCAUAGUGUUAGAGAGGUUGCCUUUUGUACAGGUGAGGUAAUUUUAUUCGAAAAUUCAUUCCCUACCCUAAAUGUUCUGAUAUAAAAUCAUUUUGAUGUUUCCAAUGAUUUUGCACGGAAGGCUACAAGAAAGAAAUUCAUGCAAUCACAUGACAGACAGCAUAUUACAUUUGUUGCUAAAAAAGGCCUACGAAAAACAUCAUUCAUCCCGACCCCAAAAAAAAUUAAUUAAUAAAUAAAAAAAAAAGAAAUAUUGAAAAAAAGAAAAUAUUUAAAUCAGUGAUUCACUUAAUCUUUAGCCUUUCAAAUUUCUGACAGAAGUUCAGUGUGUUUUGGGAUUGUUUUGCGAAAUGACAAAAGCGGAAGUCAGGGAGACUUCUUCGAGUUUCCGAGAAAACCGGAAACAGAAAUGCGGAGUCGGUGCCCUGGUAACUAGAGGUGCAUUCAUGCCCAAUCUCUUUUUGAACGAACACAUAAUCCAAAAUAAAGAUGGCGUCCAAGAAAACCGCUCAGGGAUACCUUCAGACGUUUUUGUUCCUCGAUUUUUGCGUUCGUGGGAGGAGGAAGGGAGGAGGAAGGGAGGAGGAGGUAGCCAGCGAUGAACUAGAAUCCCAUCAAGCAUGCUGCAGAAGCCGAGAUAAGCUUUUGUUUCUAGUGGGUUAUCUGGCUCGAGUGUAAACCUCAGUUCUACUCUGCACUUUUGUAAGAAAGUGAAUAACCACAUUUCUUGGCUUACUUGUAUGGGUUUUAUUCUUCUUAAUUUGUUAUUUUCUUCAUGUGAAGAUUCUCGAUAUUUGCCAUACAAAAACUUACCAUGGGAAUGAGCAUUUUAAUGAUAAUAAUAAUAAUAGUAAUGAUAAUGAUAAUAAUAAUAAUAAUACUGAUAAUAAUCAUAAUUUAAAUUAAUGCUUACAUAGUGCUAGGAUUCCAUAGGUAGAUUAUCUUUAGUGCUUUACAACAUUCUAAAUAAAACCUAUCAGCUUUAAGUUAUAAAAUGUCGUAUCUAUCAAUUUUCCUACUAUUUACAAUCAGGUAUAGGUUAAAUGGCAAUUCUGUACACUAUUUUAACGCGCAAAAUCUAGACUACUAUCCACACUUAAUGAAUUUAUUAAAGGUCAUGAACAGGACAAAGUAGAUGCGUUUUUUUAAAGCUGACUUUAAAAUGUGUGCACUACAAAUUUUAGAUGAUAUCUAUUAAAUAAAAUAAUAAUAACAAUCAAAAUGGUAUUGAUGGUAAUAGCACUGAUUACAUAAGUUAUUUGAUGAAAACUUCUAUGACAAUCAGCAUACAUAUACUUAAAAUGCAAAGUGAAUGUGUGAUUCUAAUCAUUUGAGUGAUGCUGAUUAGAAGAAAAUAUGUUUUGUUGCCAUUGGUGUUACAAGCAACUAGGUUACCAUUUCUAGACAAAAAAUUAAACAUGUUCAUUUUUUCUUUUUUCGCAUUUUAGCAUAGUUAGUCUAAGCUCACACAAUGAACUUCUAUAAGUGAAAGGAUUUGUAUUGUGAUAAAUGGUCUUUUAUAACUGUUCUGCAUAAACUAAUUAUAUUUGUUGACUCCAUCUGUUUUAAUCCUUCAGAGCACAUACAUGUACUCGAUAUCCAAAUGCAAGCUUGCUGCAGUAUUGUCUAUUGCUCUAGCUGGAAUUACUAUGGUCUCAGCAGUAGGCAUGAACUUGGCACAAGAUUGUGGCAGUUACUGUGGCCAGAGAGAAGAAAAACCUGAGGAAGAUACCUCCCCAGAGAUGGCAUUAAGGAACAGCAAUUUGAGGAACUUACAGACAAACUUACUUCGCACAGUGCAAAGAUCUUGCACUCCAUUCUCAGUCAUGGAAUUAACAGGAUCUUUACUGGCUCUUAUAGCAGGAUCCAUCUCAUGGUCAAUAAGCUCAGGUAAGUUCUAUGGCCAACAGCCUGUGAUGAAGUGAGACUUUUUCAUUGCUAAAUAUACACCUGGAAACUCUGGAAUAAGUGGGUUAAGAAGCCUUUCUUUGGAAGGGGGUGAAAAGGGGUAUGUAAAUCCACAGAGCUGCUUUGAUUCAAAAACAAACUCUGUAGAUCUGUUUUAAAAAAAAAUCACUGGAAACUGUUUGCUACAUGACUUGUGGAUUUGUGAAAAACAUACAUCAAACUUUUGUGUGUUUUGUUGAAAAUCAUGCCUACAGUUUUUAUAGAACCUUUAACUGAAAAAAGAAAAAUUGAAAAAUAAAUUUUCAAAACAAUCUGCAUUUUUUUAAACAAAUAUUUUAAACAAUUUUUACAAAAAAACUGAUACAAUUUUUUAAAACUAAACUAGUGAGCAGCACUCUGUAAACUGUUGUUAUAAAACUUGUUUUAUUCUCUGACAUUUUUUGUCUCAAUGUCAUAGACUUCUUCAGCGAAUUUUACAAGUUAACACUAAUGGCCUGCAUGUAUAUUUAUAAGCCUAGUUAAUAGCUAUUAGGUAAGCAACUGACCAUAAAGGCAUGGCCAAAUUUACAAACAGAUACAGGAAAAGUUUUAGUGAAAACCAUGACCCCCAAAUCAUUUUCUCACCUCACCUAGAGAAUAUUUUACCUGCUAGCUGCUAACUAUGGCAUAUAGAUGUAACAACUUGUAAAAAUUCCCUGAAAAGUCUGGUACAGUUAGACAAACCAUGUUGGAGAAUAAAGCAAGUUUUACAACAACUGUUCACUGAGUGCUGCACACUAUAGUUUAGGAAGAAGAAGUGUGUAACUUUUCAGGUACAUUACAUGUAUUACACCAGGAUUAUGUCAGUUGUACCAUUUUACACACUUUGGCCAUUGCUCUAACAAACUGUUAUGUGACUCUUAAACAUCCUGCCAUGACAUGUUUUUGCAGUAUUUUGGCACUCCAACAGAGGAAAUAUUCAUUCAGUUAGUGGCGGUAUUGGUAGCAAUAUUUUUGGAGGAAUGUUUGGUCUUGCAUUAUUUUUUGUGAUUCAUCAUGGAGAUUGUAAGGUAUUUAAAUAGGAUUACAUGUGUUGUAAAUUAAUAUGUUUUAUAGAAGAUCAAAGUUAUUAAAAUCAUUAAAUUCAAUGAUUAUUGUGAAUGUGCAGGGACCAAAAGAAAAAUAGAUUACUUGGAAAUUAUGGAAAACUGCACACUAAAUGACAUGAACAUAACUACCAUGACCUAGCCUCUUUCGUGAAUUAUAUGUUUGUUAAUUAAUAAUUUGCUGAUGUUUUUUUACUUUUUGUUUUUCACUGUCCAAAAAAAUGAUGAGUUAACUAUGAUUAACCUUUUGUACCUCAUUUAAGAUCAACUGGAACUGGAGUGAUCCUAAAUCCAUUUUUUACUGCAUACUUUUCCUUGUGGUGAUGUCUGACUGGCCAAUAAGUUUUUUGUCAGAUUUUAUAAGAAGAGAAAUUGGUGAGUUUAGAUUAGAUGUAGAUACUUACUGGUAGCUCUAUUCACUGUAUUUAUUGGCCACCUGUAAUGACUUUGAUAUUUUGAAAGGCACAGUUACUUUUGAUCAGUAACCAUGGGGGAGGAACUGGGGAUUAAAAGUUUUCAAUUAAUCACAGUUUCUUUGUGGCUUUUGUCAUGGGAAUGUGUCUCGUGCUUAUAGAUGAUGUCUUUCAGGGCAGGUACACUGUAAGCACUGUUAGCAUGAACAUUGUCUACACCCGGAAAUUAUAAAGAAAACAAUUGUCAAAAUUUGUUCAUUAUUUUCUUUGUUUCCUUAUUUUCAAUACCUUGAGUGAUUGUCCUUGAAAGCUUGUACCAUCCUCUCAUCCUGAAUCAGGAACAAGUAAACCCAUUUAUGACUUGGUGAUUCAUUUCCAAUGUGUAUCUGGUUAUUUACAUUUUUAAUUUAAGCUCUUGUAUGGACUCUGUAUGAUAUUCACCUUUAUUUUGGUCAGCUCUAACAUGAAAUUAGUAUAAUUUCAAUAAUAUCUCUACAUUUUGUAAAUUUUCAUGCAAAGAAGGGCAUGUUUAACAUUCACGGAAGAGCUUGCUUAAAACUGUGGUGUUCUUGAAUAUAUUAGAAGAUAUAUUCAUUUGUGUGGAUCAUAAAAUGUUUAGUUUACAGAUAAUUAAGUAGCAUUAAAAGUAUUGCUUACUCUGUAUGUACUGCUUCUGACCAAUUUCUUUCAUUCAUUUUGCAGGUGCUGUGGUAGUAAAUCAAGCUCUGUGCCUUGUGCCAUUGAUAGCUUUGUCAGAGGACUGGUUGUUUGUUCGACGACUUGAGGCAGUCAGUGCUUUACCAUACACAUCUAUAAUUAUGGAAGUUGUUGGUUAGUUACACAGUAUUUUUAUCUCCUUCUGCACACUCCUCCUGUGCUCUCCUUCCUCUUCUUUGUCAACAUCUCCUUAUCCCUCACCCUCCUUCCUUCCUUCCUCAACAUUAUUCCCUUUUCCUUCCCCAUUCCUCUCUCCUUCUCUCCCUCCUUCCUCUUUUUCAUUCUCCUCUUCUCUACUUCUGCCCAUCCUUUCCCUCCUCUUUUUUUCUGCUUCUCUCCUCAACUUCCUUCUCCUCUGCUCCUUCUUCUAUCCUUCCCCCAGUCCUCCCCCAGUUCCCCCCAGUCCUCCCCCAGUCCUCCCCAAGUCCUCCCUACCACUUGCCUCCUCCUCUUGUUUUUCUCCCACUCUUCCCUUCCCUUCUCCUCUUCUGCCACCUCUUUUUCCCCCCGUUUUUCCUCUCACUAUCUCUUUUUUUGUGUUGUGCUCCUAUCGUCAUCUCCCUUUUCUCUUCAUCGUAAUUUUUCAUUUUCUUUCAUUGUUUCACCCUUCCUCCUACUCUUUUUCCUUCUUUUAUCUCAUUCUCUUCUCUUCUUCUUAUCUUGGUUUUCCUUUAUACACUCUAUUUCUUUUCCUACUCUUUUCCUCCUCUUUCCUUCUUUCUCCUUCUCCUUUCCACCGGUUUUCUCUAUACUCCAUCUUAACAAACUUUCCUUCCUCCCCUUCUAUCUUCCCCCUUUUACUUUUACUUUAUUUCUCUUUUUCCUCCUUUUAAAUCUCGUCAGCUCUUCCUUCUCUUUCUCUUUUUUUCCACCUUCCUUUCUCCUCCUUCUUCCUCUCAUCUCUCUCUGUAUCUUAGAUCUGUCUUCCCUAUUCGUUACCUUUCCUUCCAUCUCUUAUUACUCCCUUUCCCCCCACACUCUAUUUUACUGCUCCUUCAUUUUCCUUCUUUAUCGAUUUUAUCUUGGUAUUCACUUCUCCGUUCACCUUCUCCUCUCUUAUUCCUUUUCCUCUUUGUCGUCUUUCUCAAUAAAACUACUCUCAAGCGUAAAAUCCGUUACCUUUACAUCUGAUCGUUAUUUUUCUUUCCUGCAGGUGUUGUGUUUGUGGUUGGAGCUGUUGCUAUCUCCUCUGUAGAAUUUACAUGUAACAAUCGUGAAAGCGCCAUCCGUUCACCACUAUUAAGUGAACUUAGUAUGCAGAAGGUAAAUAUUUUGAAAGUGCGUUUUUCUUUUUCCAUUCCAUGGGGAAAUAUGGUUGCUUAGUUUCUAAAGAAACUGUAGUGCUGCUGUGCAGUGGGGGUACAACAAGAUAAUUUGGUUUCACAACUGGGUUGAUGAUGUAAAUUGGCCACCGUAAAGAGAUUCUAAAGCGGACGUUUUGAGCGUGAGCCCUUUGUCCGAGCGAGUGGCGAGGGGCUAACGUUCGAACGUCAGCUGUAGACUAUCUACGGUGGCCGAUUUACAUUAUCGACUCAGUUGAUAAAACUAGAUUAUCAUGAUGAAAUAUUCUGUGUUUUGUUGUUGCUGCAAAUUUUUGACUACAUAUUUGGGAGCAAGUGGGCUUUAGUGCCUGUGGGAGGUCCACCAUUUUUUGACAUCAUAUCCAGAUAAGUUCAUAUGACACGCGUCCUGCAUAUUGCCAGGAUCAGUUAUGUCGAUAGCGUCAUGUUUAUUGAUAGAAUAAGAGAGGUGGUAAGUUUUGAGCUCGGUAAAGAAAUAGAGAAAGCACCACGCUCGUGACAAGACGAAAAACAUCUUUCUCUAUUUCUUUUACCGAGCUCAAACCUUACCAUCUCUCUUAUCUUGUUUUGUGUUUUGUUUUUGUUUUGUUUUUUGUUUUUUUUGUUUUUUUUUUGUCAUGAAUUGGAGACUGUGGAAACGUCAUAUUUCCUGAACGUUCGUCAAAUUGAAGACAGCAUGACCUCUAGUUACCUUGAACAGCUGCGGUCAAACUCUGGUAAAAGUGAUCCCUUCCCUCCCCUGGUGGAGAUUUCAGACCAUUAGCGCACAUCAGCAACAUCCACAACAAAUUCAUCCUCACAAAAACAUGUUUGCAGUCAGUUCUUCUUAACGGCUUACUAAAAGGUUGCAUUGACGGCAAUGUACAUCCGCACGUACUUUAAUUUCUCUUCUACAAUCUUCUCUGUUGCAUCAUAAUCUGCGACUCACUUCAUACGUGGAAUGUCAGGGAUCAAACAAAAUAUCUUAAUUUAGUAUAUAAAUAGUGUUUUCCGCGCACGCUUAUUGGUUAGUUCAGAAGUGAUUAUUAAGCACUGUUCACCUCCGAGCAGCCGGAGACACGAAUCCCGCGUCAAGAGUUCAAUUUCGACCAUUUUCGGUAUAUAUUGACCAAAAUAAACUCAUGUUUGGUUCGUGUACGUUACACACUAAAACAGUAACUUGCUUCAGUGUCGGUGAACGUGGUGGAUAUUGACCUCCACUUAGAUUAAUAUUUGUCAAUUAUUUCUAAGAAUAUUUCCGUGCUCUAAGGAGUUACGCCGGUCAAGAUUUUUAGAGUCAUGUAAGCUCUCUAAAGUGUUGUCUUAUGGAAUCAAAAUUAAAAAAAAAACUAAAGAAGUUAUAUUAAAUCACGAAAGAACGUGGAUAGUUGACGAACAAAAUUGGGAUAGCCUACUACUCCAAGAGUUAAUUUCUUUUCUUAAGGUUAGUAUCGCACACUACUGGGAGAUUUUGCUUAGUUUUCGCAUGCUUAUAAUUUUCCGGCUCACUUGACGAAGAAAGCUUAGAGCUGGCAGGUUAUUGACUGUUUGGUCGUGUUCUAUAAGUAUUAACCAUUCAACUGCAGGUGAAAAGGAGUCGAUGUAUCUUAACAUAACCUUACCAGCUUUCUCUGAGUGGACUAGACGAUGCAUAACAACACAGUAUUUGGUUCUCGUCCAGUUGUGCUCUUCCCAUUAUCGGAACUUUAGGCGAUUGCCAUAGUGCACGACCUUACAUUUGUUUUACGUUGGGCUCAUGAAUUGCAGCGUAUUUUAUAACUACAGGGAUCUUAAGGCAAUAUUUUAUUUUCACACAGUGUAUCAAUUAAAUCUUAUUGAAAUCGCAAAAUAUGCAAAAAGGACUAAGUUAUUUUCCAAUAAGAAGUGGAGCUACUUGUAGGACGUGUACUUUGUAGCUUUUUCUUCCGUCUGUAUGGUUGUCACUCAGACCAAAUAUUUAGUUUGUAACGUAAUUUAUCUGACAAAAAUAUUAAAUUUCAGGAAAUUGAAAAAAAAGACUUUUUUCCUUCUGUGAUACCUCAGGCCUUGCG